AUGGAGCAACAACAAGAGAUAGGGGGAGCACAGGCACUUCUUCAGCUUGGAUCUAAAAACAAGGAUGAGGAGGAUGUAGAGCAGAGAGAAGAAGAUAGGGAAGAUGAGAGUGAUGAUGCAGAUCAGCUUGAAGACAAAAGCGAAGUCAUAGAAGACCAAGCGGUCGAAGAGGACGAUGAGGUGUCGGAAUCUGACUUAGCUGAGGGCAAGGCAACUAAUCAGCAGAUUAAUGAUGCGGUAGAAGCUGCAGUUAUGCGCUAUGUGGGUGGUACGUUGGAUGAUAAUAACAUAGGCAAAAAAGGAAAGAGGAAGCACUCACAGUCUCAAGCGAACCAACUGCACGAGGAUCUCAUGUCGAAUAUUAAUGAAUUUAAUCAAUGGACAGGAUUUUUGGAAGAUGAGAUAGGAGGAAAUGGGCCCACAGGGCUGACCGAGCACACUUCUCAGCAAUCUCAGAGUCACGAUGACUAUACUCAAUUCUCUCCACGUACACCGAAAAAGCGGAAGAAGAGAAAGACAGGCCACAAUGAUAUUGACCCUGAACUAACGGGCUUGGACUCUACCACUGAGCAUGAUCAAUUGGUGCAAGCAACUAUAUUGGAUGCUAGGGAGUUAGCGAAGCAACUAGGCAAUGGUGUUCUUCAUGAUCAUGAUAUUAAUUCUCUUCAUAAUAGCUUGAACGGAUUACCUUCUCAUCAAGCCCAACAAGUAAUUGCAGCUGCCACGGCAGCAGUACAGAAUCAAGGCCAAGGAACAUCAGAAUCGGCCGCUGCAAUUAAUCAACUUGCUCAAGCUGCGUCUUCACUUUCAGGUAAUGGAGUUGACUCGAUUAACAGAAAUAGACAAUUGGCAAGCUCGGAUAGUCGCAGAUCUUCGAAGAAAAGUGAUGAUAGCAUCAUCAAUUAUUCCAUGGCGAACGUUCAACCUGCCCCAAUUCAACGAAAGCCAAAAUUCAAUCAUUUAACUUCAGUGGAGGCUCUAGUAGAGGAGGCAUCUGCGCAAGCAUGCAAUUGGUAUAAUAGCUUACCACAAUCUACUGGAAAUGGCCCCAGGAUUUUUUCUUCUGAGGAAAUAGCAGCUGUUGAUCAUUUUAUAACUGGAUACUGUCAUUUGCAUAAAUUGACCCGAAAAGAUAUCUGUAAUAGAAUUUGGUCAAAUGAAAGAAAAAAGGAUAACUUCUGGGAAUUGUUAACUAGAGUUUUACCUUACAGGUCCCGAGCAUCUGUGUACAAGCACGUAAGAAGACAAUAUCAUGUUUUUGACGUAAGAGCCAAAUGGACAAAAGAGGACGACGAGCUUUUAAGAAAACUAGCAUCCACUAAAGAAGGAAACUGGAAAGAAAUAGGAGAAAUAAUGGGACGUAUGCCAGAGGAUUGUCGUGACAGGUGGAGAAAUUACGUGAAAUGUGGUGAAAACAGAGUCUUGAAUAAAUGGUCUGAAGAUGAAGAGAAAAAGUUAAAGGAUAUUGUUACAGAUAUGGUAUCACAACCAAGUGCGAAAGACAAGCAACAAGCGAUUAAUUGGACCAUCGUCAGUGAGAGGAUGAACGGAGUCCGCUCACGUAUUCAGUGUCGCUACAAGUGGAAUAAACUACUCCGAAGGGAGUCUGCGGUCAGAUCUUCAUUUAUGAAUGAGGAGACAAGAGUGUGGCUUCUACAAAAGCUUCUGAGACUUGGCUUUCAGACUUUAGAAACUAUUGACUGGGAUUACAUUGCCCAUUUAUAUAUAGAAGAACGGAAAAACGCAAACAAGAAAGAUGAGACGGAUGACAACUGGAGCUCUUCUGAUUUCAAAGUUGUGUUUGAGAAAAUGAAGUCAGAUUUAAAAGAUCAUAAAAAGCUAUCAUUACAAAGUAUACUUCAAAGAUUGCUCGACGAAUAUUAUGGUAGAAGUAACUUGGUGGAACCAAGAGCAGCCAGCAACGACUUGCUCGAACAACAUAAUGACCAUUCCCGAGGAUCUCCACUGAUUCCUCUUCGUAUUUCUACUAACGAAGUAUCUUCACAUCUGAACUCGGGAAACGUUGAUCCAACAGAUCCAACUUCAAUUGCAAAUGCAGCUGUUGCUGCAGUUUCUUCAGGUGUCGACGGUGAAAAUCUGCAACAAGACUACAGUCUUUGGAGAUAG